GAUCGACGGUUCGUGCGCGCGUGAAUAAAUUUGCAAACGAAAGCAAAACAAGAAGCUUUCCGGACCGUUUUGGGCUUCAUCGCCAGGCAUCGGUUCGGGAAGGGUCUACGGUCGGUCAGUUGCGCUGGUGAGUUCGUGGUGUGUGCAGUGUGUGGUAUUGUGUCCAAGGCGUCCAGCCCAGCGCCCGCUUAAGCGACCAUGCACGUGCUACUGUUGGUGAAUCUUGAAUCAAAGCAAAAGAAGCAGCAUGCGUCCUUCUUCAAGGCCGUCGCAACCGGUGAUACAAAGUUACUGAUCAUGACCGACGCACUCAAGAUGACCGACAUGCAGCAGCGCGCCAGUAUCGAGUACGAGCGGCAGCGCCACCUGGCGAACUGGCUGAUCGAGUCGAGCCCGCACAUGCCCAAACCGACCGCCGCCCAGCAGAAGCAACUCCAGCAGCACCAGGCCCAGCUGCAGCAGCAACAACUGCAGCAGCUGGCGGCCGGCGGUGCCAUCACCAGCAAGCAGUCGAAAGCGGCCAGCAAGCUGCUGAAGCAAAACCCCAUGUUCCUGCUGGCCAAGAUCGGACACAACAUGAACCUAGCGGUCGGUGGUGGUGGUGGUGCGGGUGUUGGUGCCGGUACUGGUGGCGCUACCGCGGGUGGAAAUUCGCUCGGCGCCGGGUCCACCUUCAACUCACAAACGAACCUACCGCUGCAGAUCCUAGCCCCGGGGGGUGGCCGCGAAGGCAACAAACCGAAGCUGCGACGCUUCAACUCGCACGACACCAGCGCCAACAUGUUCUCGGUGGCGGAGUUUGAAAACGCCCGAAUGGCACGGCGCAACGAGCUGGAAAAUGCGGCCCUGCUCCGGCAGCGCGCCCGCUACAAGCUGAACUCACUGUCCUCUGGUGGUGGUGGUGGAGGCGGAGGGGGAGGUGACUGUUCGACGGGCGAAAGCAAAGGCUCCAAGCUGAGCUCGAGCGAGUCCACCACGGAGCCACUGUUUGCGGAACAGUUUCUCGAGCGCUUCUCGCUGCCGCGCGUCAUCCGGCUGUCGUACACCUCCUCCUCCUCGUCGUCGUCCGUCUCGCCGGCAGCGGGCAGUGGCCACCAGGGCGACCAGACGAUGACGUCCUCCAGUUCGGCCGAAUCGAGCAGCACGGCGGAGCGGCCGACCAGCGGCUCGAAGGGCAAGGGCAAGAAGGGCAAGGCGGGGCAGGGCGGCCCGAUCGGCGGCGAUCUGUUUCUGCUGUACCGGUACAUGCGCGGCUAUCGGAGUUACCACGUGUUCAACACGAAGGCGGGCACCAGCCGGAAAAAGGGCUACAAGAUACCGCACGAUUUUCCCGGGUACUUCUCGUUCAUCAACGACAAGGGCGCACCGACGGCCACCGUCUACACGACGAUCGUGCAGCUGGUGCGGGAUCAGGUGUACAAGUUCCUGUCGCUGGACAGCCUUUCCGCCUACACCGAGUCGCACGACAACUUUAGCCACAAAACGCACUACGUGAAGGCGACGGCCAAGGCAGGGCAGGUGUACCGGCUGCUGGCCGUUUUCCAGGACGGCGAUCACAAAUCGGCCACAUCGCCCUCUAGUCACAAGGAUGGGUCGGGCGCAGGGAACGGUAACGUCGGUGGGCGCGAGAAGGAACGGGGCAAGUACGCGCAGCUGCUGGAUGACAAUCGGCAGAUCUUCUACGUGUCGCUGUCCGCCAAAGGCAAGUUCUACGAGAUCGAACAGCACAGUGCGCCGGUACUGCAGAAGCACGGCAACUUUGGCAAUCACCAUCAACUGCACAGCCUGAACGGGAACAACACGAGCAGCAGUAGCGCCGGCACGAACGCUGGGAAUCAAUCCAACCAGCAGCAGCAGCAGCAGCAACACGCACAGUCGUCGCCCCAUCGCAAACCGAAACAGCUGAGCCGGGACUGUGUGCAUCGGAUCGGGUUCAUCAUGCAGUCGGAUCCGUGCCUGCCGCUCAACCUGAAGCUCAUCUCGCCGCAAACAGGGACACACUCCUCCACCGUGCCUGAGUACGUGACGAUCGCGAAGAUCAGCGAGGAGAACUUCCUAAUUGCGUGCCCACUGGACGAGCAGCAGCUCACGACGACGCUGACGCUGGCCAAGCUGCACCUGACGCCGCAGAUGAAGUUCGCCAAGUGUACGAUGGGCUUCGAGAACGAGCAGCACAUGUUCCUGAACGCGAACGUGCAGACGGUGCUCAAGUUCUGCCAGUUUAACUGCGACAACUUUCUGCGCAUAGUCGACCACGAAACGAACGCGAUCGAGCUGCAGCAAAUGACGGCCCUUUCGGUCGGACAGCAGCAGCAAUCCCUUACCAUGACUUCUAACACAACGACGACGACGACGACGACCGGUCCAAGUUCGCUGGGAUCGUCGAGCAACAGUGGUGGUGGCAAGCAGCACGAAUCAAAGAGCGGAGGGUCCGAUGUGCUGCGAAGGUUUGGCCGGCUGUUUGGUGGUGGUGGGUCCGGUGGUGGCAGCGAUCGCAACGGGUCCGGCCACGAGAAGGAAGAUUCCAUCAUAUUUUUAAGUAAAAAUGACCUGGAAAGUCUGGAAUGUGGGGCCGGCGGAAUGGACGAUAGGAGAGAGCACCACCAUCUGCACCACCAGCACCAUUCGCUGCACCAAACCACCAACAGCACCGCUGCCCACCAACACCACAGUCUGGUGGUGGACGAUCGAACGCUCGGCGGCCGGUCGGAUGGGGGCGGAAGCACCCACGAGCCACACUCACUGCCGAUGCCGAGCUACCGGAGCGAGAAGAUGAAGGUGUUUGCCUCGCCGAGCGGCAAGCCGGCGAAGAGCACGACCGCAGCGACCGCAACAUCGUCCUCGAGCAGAUGGUUCCGUGGCUUCGGCAGCCGAUCGAGUGCGAACGAAUCCGUGUCGGCGGACGAUGAGUGGGAUAAGCGCACGAGUCUCGAUCGGUACCGGGACAUGUCGAAGCUGAUCCAGGAACGGUUCGGUACGCUCGGCAUGCUUUCGCUAUCGUCGCGCGCCGCCAGCACCGAUCGGAUCAGCAGCGCGUUUGACGAUGGUACGAUCGUGAGCCACGACCCGUCAUCUUCGGUGGCGAGCGUUGGCGCACGGGAAAAGUGUCUUUCGUUGCAGCACAUCGAGCAGAAGUGCAAGCCGGAUCUGGUACCGCCCCAUCAUGCGUCCGGCGGUGCGCACGAGGAUGAGGACGACGACGCUACCAGCGAGCUGACGGCUUCGGAGCUUGGGGACACCAUAUUCUUCCCGCUACGCCACAGCACCAACCAGCAGUCGUUCAUGACGCAGAAGCUGUACAACGAGUUUCACGUCAAGACGAAGCAGUACAGCAAAUCGUCCUCGAGCAUUCAGCAGCUGCUCCAUCUCGCCAGCAAUGGGCACCGAUCGCAAUCGAGCAAUCAGGGUGAUCACCACCUGAUGAUGUUGUCGGGUGGUGGGAAAAAGAGCGCCCUAAAGAACCGCUUCCGAAACAGCGCGAACAACCACGACGAGGUGGUGCUUUCCUUUGAGGACCUUCGCUACAUCAACAGCGUUUGUGAUGAGGAGGCACAGGAAGCGGCUGGGAAGGAGAAGCGCCGCACCACCACCACCCCGAAGGCUGUCACGCUACGGGAACCUGCCAGCGGAACCGUCGCCGAGAGGACGCUACUGGACGAUUUGCCGUACAGCAGUGUGCGGGAUUCGAUCGUGCUGCAGGCAGGGGACUCCGAUCAGGACAGUAGCUCCGUACCGGCGGAAAGCAUUUACGCCGAGAUUUGUACCGAACAUCCGGGCGUGGGUGCAAGCGAUGGCGGUAACAGUCCCUCACCGACACCACCAGCACCACCGAAGCCGAAGAAAACUGUCCAGCAGCAGCAGCAGCAUCAGCAGGUACAACCGAGGCCGGAAAAACGGUUCGUCAGCAUACGCAUCAAUGUGCCGCCGUGCGAUAGUGUGGCGGCGGCCGGUUCGGUCAGUCUGAAUCCGGCUGGGGCAAGCAAUAUCAACACCACCACCACCACCACCACCAUCAACACCAGUAACAGUAGUAGCAGCAGCUGCAACAGCAACACAAGCAGCCGCUGCUCGUCGGCCGUUUCUAGUCCGAUGGAAGACAACAUUUACAACACGAUCAAGUAGCGUAGCUGUUGUUGUUGUUUGGAAAUGAGACGACGACCAAAGUAUUACCGGAAUUUGUGAUAAAGCCAGAACCCGGGUUUGGAGAUACCUACGCCAAGGGCGUACACUCCAAGAGCCUGGUAGCGUUGUGGAGUAAUGGAAGUAAUACCGUUUAGAGGGUGCUCCGGCGUCGUGUACGAAAUGAAACAGAACCGAACACGACGCAAGGGAUAAUUUAGGGUCGUUUUUAAAACGACGAGAAGGUUUAUUCGUUCGGAGGAGGGGAACCCGCUUACCAACUAGGAGAAGAAAAGGACAAAGAACUUAUCGUCAAGGGCGUGUGUGUGUGUGUAACUGUUUAUUAAACGCUAGUGGAAUUAAUGAGAUGAAGAUGGUCGGGAGCGAAUUACGUUGUUGCUCCUCCUUUAAGCGCUCGUAGACGCUCGUUCGGCACCCUUUCUGUAGGAAAAAAAAAUCAGAAAACCAGACAAAAAAUGGAAGUGAGAAAACUGCUAGAAUUUAAUCUUUUUCAAACACACUUGCAUAAAAGUGGAAUAUUAAGGAAAGAAAAAGCCCCAUCAUGUGUGUGUGUGUGUGUGUGUGUGUGCAUAACAACUAACACAAACGGGGAGGAGAAGCAAAAAAAAAAGAAUUUAGUGUAGCAACGAAAACACACAUGUAAAGAUCGAAACAAACGCACGUUUUUAGUGAGUAAGAUGUGAAUUAUUUAACUGUGGCUUUGUGUAGUGGGUUUUCUGUGCGCAAAAGCGUGGCCAGCCAAGGGAAGGAGGGGAUUUUAAACUGCACAACACCUCAAUAAAAAUGUCUUUGAAUGUAAGAAGAAAAA